GGAGCUUCUCUCUCUAGAAACUGCCGCCGCCUAGGGUUACCCUUACGUUAACGCCUAGUUUUCGGUUUUCUCCGCCGCCGAUGGCUUGCCGUUUGGGGGCGUGGCUUUCGAUUUUCGGGCUCCUUUGUGGAGUUUCGGUCUCGGUUUUCUCCUUCUUCAAGUAUCGGGUGUUGAGCUUUGGCAUUUGGAAGUUUUCGGCAGUCUCGAGGCGUCGAGUUUGAGCAUGGAAGAAGAUGGUUCGAGUCUUCGGUGUUUCCGUUGAACACGAGGCGACAAACUCGGGCAGUAUAAAAGGCAGCAAAGGUGGGAUGGAAGGAUUUGUGGACAAAUACAAACAGGUGGCGAUCGGAACGGAGGAAGAGGAGUUGGACCUGAAUGGGGGAGAUGCAGAGGAGAGUCCGGUGGAGGAACAAAGCUCGGGAUUUCCGGUAGUGGGGGUGCUGCUAACAGAUAGGGAGGUUAAAUUUUCAGCCCUCAAGGAACUCAUGUUGUCACUAUGGCGGCCAGGAAAAGACGAUCUUGUUCUGAAAAACCGUUUUGGGGUUCAACUUAGUGCAUGAAUUGGGGUGAAGACAAGUCCCACAGGAGGAAACAAGUGGAUGUGGGAGGAUUCAUCGAGCUAUGGCAGGGACCACAGAUAUAUGGGGGAAUUCAAGUCUGCUUAUAGGCAGGAUGGAGGGAAGAAAGAGUCUAUAUCAGGAUAAGCGCAGAGCAUUACUAAAGGCGUGGAAACAAAAGAAGAAACUUUAGGGGAACAAAAGAGAAGAAGGAUAUGGGAAAACCGGGGAAAGAAAAGAAUGGUGAGGAUAACAUGGCACUGGGUAGGACAAAAAACGGGACAGGGCGGACUUCGGUCUGUAAGUCCGCCACAACAGCUUCUGACAUAUUCGACAUGGAAGAUAAGGGUGCUCGUGUGGCUUGGCAGUCUCAGGCAGAAUUUUAAAUUUAUUUGCUUUAUUUUUUUCUUUAGCGACAAUUACUUUUGUGUUAUGUUUUGUUUGACUUUUGUUAUUUCUUGUUUGUAAGACGAUGG